AUGGAAGGAAUGAUGCAGGAAAUAGUGCAGUGCAUACUUGGGGUGAUUGUGAGGAACAAUGCAAUACAGAUGGCCAUUCUUUAUGCAGUGUUUUACUUCACCAGAUGUGCCAGGCGCCCGGAUGUGUUCUACAGUGGCAGGAAGAAGGAGUCUAUUGUUAAGAUGUCGAGCUUGCACAGAAACUACUAUCCGCUGUUCUUUGCGCCCUUCGGCACUAUCCAGACCGUCCUACAGCUGUUCCGGAAGCCUAUUCUUCUCGAGAGGACAAGCGUGUUAGUGGAAACACCCCACAACGGAUCGAUCCUGCUUGAUCUUGUGGAGGCCGAUGUGAGUACAAAGAGAAAUGCAUUGCUAGUGCAUGGAUUCAACGGGUCCGGGAACUCGACCUACAUGAGAGGACUUGCCGGGCACCUUUCCAGAGAAGGAUACAGGGUCUUCUGCUUCAAUGCAAGAGGGAUCAGGUCUAAGCUCAACAGCCCUGUGUUCUUCCACAUCGGAUGGACUGUGGAUCUGAAAGCUGCUGUCGAUUUCAUUCUUUGUAACUAUCCCGGAACACUGGAGAUAUUUGGAUUCAGCAUGGGAGCUAGCUGGGUAACGAAGUUUUUUGGAGAGGAGAAGCUUGAUCCCCGAAUAAUCAAGGGAGGUGCCGUGUGCCUCCCAUUUGACUUCUUCAAGAUCGGAGUCCACUUCCUGAAGAACCCCUACACCAGGUUCUUCAACAGGCUGUUGGCAAUGAACUUUGUAAGGUACAUGAGCAGGAAUAGAGAUGUCUUCAAGAGUGCAGGAUACGACGUAGAUGUGAUAAAGAGGUGCAGCAGCGUCCAGCAGAUAGAUAUGAUGGUGACAACAAAGAUUUUCGACAUCAAGGAUGUGGACGAGUACUACAAGAACCAGUCAUCUGUGAACUACAUAGAAAAGAUAAGCGUCCCGUUCAUCAUACUCAAUACAUACGACGACCCGAUCAUCCCUGCAUUUUCGAUAGACAAGGAGAUAUGCAUGAGAAACAAAAAUGUAUUGUUGGUGAUAGCUCACAAGGGGGGCCAUCUGGGAUUCCUAUCGAACAGGACCGACAGAACCUGGGCCGAGGAUGUGCUGGUGGACUUUGUCAAACACUUCUGA